GAAGAAAGCUCAUCCAUCCACAGGCCAGCAGCAGCUAGCUUAGCAGACAACGUAAACACUGGAACAUCUUUAGCUAGACUGAGCCAUUUUAUGACAGUUUAGCUUUUGAUUUCUUUAAGAAUAACUACACGAUGCGGUUGUUUAGCUAAACGUCUUUUGGUGCGCCAUGUUUGUUUGGAUUUAGAAAUAACAAAGGCCUUGGAGUUGUCCUGUUAACGAACGCUCAUGAUUCAGCUGGAGAAACCAGUGCUGACUGGAACCAUGCCGGUGGUGUGGCCCACCAUCCUGGACCUGGGCCGGGAUGAGUGCAAGAGAAUCCUCAGAAAACUCGAGCUGGAGGCUUACGCUGGCGUGAUCAGUGCCCUGCGAGCUCAAGGAGACCUGACCAAGGACAAGAAGGAUUUACUGGGAGAACUCACUAAAAUCCUCGGUAUCUCAACAGAGCGCCAUCGCGCAGAAGUCCGCAGGGCUGUGAACGAUGAGCGCCUCACCACCAUCGCAUACCAUAUGUCGGGUCCAAACAGCUCGUCCGAGUGGUCCAUUGAGGGACGCCGACUCGUCCCCCUGAUGCCGAGGCUCGUCCCUCAGACGGCGUUCACCGUGACUGCCAACGCUGUGGCCAGUGCCACAGCCAAUCAGAACGCCUCCCUUCUGUUGCCGGCAGAAACGGGAAACAAAGAAGUGGUUGUGUGUUACUCCUACACGAGCACCACCGGCACCUCCACCAGCGCGACAGCGAGCAGCGGCGCCAUCGGAGCAACUGUCAAAUCCCCCCGACCGCCCAGUCCUUCCUCAAACGUGGUGGUGCUGCCCAGCGGGAGCACCGUCUAUGUGAAAAGUGUGAGCUGCUCCGACGAGGACGAGAAACCUCGCAAGCGCCGGCGGACGAACUCGUCCAGCUCGUCGCCGGUGAUGCUGAAGGAGGUUUCUAAGGUGACGAUGCCGCCGGUGUCCAAGAGCAUCACGGUGCCGCUGAGCAGCCCCAAGAUGAGCAACAUCAUGCAGAGCAUCGCCAACUCGCUGCCCCCUCACCUGUCCCCCGUCAAGAUCACCUUCACCAAGCCCACCAUCCAGAGCACCAACACCACCACGCAGAAGGUGAUCAUCGUGACGACUUCUCCCAGCUCCAACUUUGUGCCCAACAUCCUGUCCAAGUCUCACGCUCACAACAACGCCGCUCUGUCUAAGCUGGUCUCCACCUCCAUGCUGACCGCCGCUGCCCAGAAACAGACGGUGGUCUUCCCGGCCAGCGCGACAGCCAACACCGUCGCGGUGACCACCGUGGUCUCAUCUACGCCGGCAGUGGUCAUGUCAACAACAUGUGCUUCAGCCGGAGUGAAGGUGGCUUCAGCCAGACUUCCUUCACCUAAGACCCUGGUGGGCUCACCGGCUCAGAUCAUGGCCCAGUUCCCCAAACAGCAGUCCCCCAAACAGCUGCACCAGAGCUCAGCUAUGGGAGUCACCCAGACCACCAGCAGCUUACAGGGCUGCAAGCCCACCAUUCAGAUCAAACAAGAGUCCGGAGUCAAGAUAAUCACUCAGCAGGUUCAGCCCAGUAAAAUCCUGCCCAAGCCUUCGUCGGUGGGUUUGUCCAGCAGCAGCUCGUCUCCCAUCAUGGUCGUCAGCAGCAAUGGAGCCAUUAUGACGACCAAACUGGUCACUCAGUCCACAGCUACCCAGGCCGCCUACACCCGACCGACCGUGAGCCCCAGCCUCGGAGCCAGAAUAUCGGCCUCCAGCGGCGGGACCACCUACGUCAAGACCACCAGCGGCAGCAUCAUCACAGUGGUGCCCAAGUCUCUGGCCACGCUGGGUGGCAAGAUCAUCAGCAGUAACAUCGUGUCCGGCACGACGACUAAGAUCACCACCAUCCCCAUGACCUCCAAGCCAAACGUCAUCGUGGUUCAGAAAACCACGGGGAAAGGAGCGACCAUCCAAGGGCUGCCCGGCAAGAAUGUGGUCACCACGCUUCUAAAUGCCGGGGUGUUGCCAAAGUUUGAAACCUUCACAUCCUACACAAAGGGAGAGAAAGGCCUGCAGGCUGUUCAGGGCACCAAACCGGCCAUCAUCACGGCCUCCAGACCCAUCACCAAGAUGAUCGUCACCCAGCCCAAAGGCAUGAGCUCCGGGUCCCAGACCGCCGCCACCAAGAUCAUCCCGACCAAGAUCGUCUACGGCCAGCAGGGCAAGACACAGGUUUCCUUCCAGGUUCUCAUCAAGCCGAAGCCAGUGUUCCAGACGGCGGUGGUGAGCGAACAGACCCGGCAACUGGUCACCGAGGCGCUGCAGCACGUGACCCGCUCGGCAGAACUGGUGCAGGUUCAGGCUCAGGGUCUGGGUCACGACGGGUCCACGAAGGACGACUCCGGAAGCUUAGCAGGCGAGUCGUCCCACAGCGGCGCUCAAGAGCCUCAGCCUGUAGUGCACGUGGUCUCCUCCAGAGAGCAUGAUUGGACAGAGCAGGAAAUAUCAGUGGAGUCCAGCCCGACUAUCAUCUACCAGGAGGUGUCUGGUGGGGAAUCCCAGUCCGCUACGUCAACCAUCAAAGCCCUGCUGGAGCUUCAACAGACGACAGUGAAGGAGAAAGCCGAGUCCAAACCCAGACACACCAUUGACCUGAGCCAGAUGGCGGUGCCCCUCCAGCUGAGCCAGGACAAGAAGCCCAGUCCAGAGUCCCCCAGACCCUCCACCUCAGAGGCUGAACCCAGCACCGAGUACCUCACAGCAGGUAAAGUCGUCAGCAGCAGAGUGGGCGUGGUCUCCGAGGACGACAACAACGUGGUCAUGUCCUCCAGCCAGCAGCCGGGGAAGCUCUACAAAAUCAGCAGCCAGGUUACUGCGGUAAACAAACCGGCAGCCGCAGCUUCACACGUCGGCCACAUGCCCUCUGACAGCCACGGUAGAACCGAGGCCGUGUUAGAGGUGGGCGAGCUGGAAGGCGACACCUUGGACCCCCAAACAGGUUUAUUCUACCGCUCCAGCCAACCGGCUUCAGAGCCCACGAAGCAAACCGGCCACUCUGCAGCUGCUCGGCCUGAGGCCGAGCAGAGCCGCCUCACCUCCACCUCCGUGCAGCCGCCACCGCCACCCCAACUACACAGCAAACCUCAAAUCAGCCAGCCUUCCUCUUCCUCCGCUGCCUUCCCUUCCACUCUUCUUCUGACGAAGAAACUCCCAAAACUACGAGAGCAGAUUCAGCCCAAACCCCAGGUCUUAACCACCCAGAGCCCCAAAGACAGACUGCCGGCCCAACCAGGGGCAAAGGUAACGAGUAACCCGGUCACGCCAACCAACAAGCCCCUGUUGACGCCGCAGCUGCCGAAGCUCCAGCAAGCGCCCACGUCCCACCACAGACCUCUGCACACGCCCAUGUCCCACCCGCCUCCACUGCAGGCGCACCACCCAGUCAGCACGGAGAAGACCGCCUCCAGCCAGCAGCCAAUCAUCACACAGAGCGCCACCGUCACCAAGAUCACCUUCGGUGUCCCCCACCACACGUCGCAGGUCUUCAGCAGCGGCGAGGCCACCGCCAAGCUGAUCCCGGAGUCCAGCUCCAGGCCCUCGGGGGACAAGCCCUCGGUGUCCUCGGACAUCCUGAAGAUCUCCAUGAUGGAGGCGGAGAUCGACCCCAGCACGGAGCCCAUGGUGGUGGACUCCUCCAGCGACUGCGGCCCUCUGGGCAAAGCCCUGGAGGUCCGGGCCGUGUCGGGCACGCUGGACUUGGGUCAGUUCAUCAGCAGCUCCGGGGCCUCCGUGCACCAUCACUCCCACAACAAGUCCCAGCAGUUCGGCUGCAUGCAGGGCCUCACCGCACAGAGGAGCAAAGAAGACCUGGAGGUCAUCGAGGUGAUUCCUCAGUAUUCCAUCCUGCCGGACUCCAGCCAGUCCAACGUGGUGGUGGAGCCCAGCGGCUUCCUGGAGAUCACCAACUACACCAGCCAGCAGCUGGAGGAGGACAGCCCCAUGGAGCAGGAGGUGGACAGCAGCAACGACGAGGCCACGGCAGCCGGUGACCAACCGUAGAGCCUCCGGUGGACAAAGACUUUAUGGCUGUCUAGUGCAAGAGCAAAAAUGUAAAAUAUGAGUUUGUUCAUAAGUACUUGUUUUCCUCACCACAACUAAUGGCACGUGUUUUUUUUUUUUUUAUUGCCAGUGAGGAGUGCUGAGAUGUAAAAUGAGGGAGCGAGGUGAAAGGAUUAGUUUUAGUGCAGUUGGAAAAACAGCCACUCCAAACAUACCUUCCAGGACAGUUGGACGUCCAUGAAAUUGAUUAUUUUGGCAGUUUUGGCUCCGGUCAUUUCAGUAACAUACAGCCGGAUCAAACCCACCGCAGUCCUGCAUUCAUGCUGAUCAUCCAGAGUAUUUCAAAUACAUGUUCCCCAAUGUAGUGUACAAAGCGACGCUCCCGUCGGUGGACUGAAUCUGAAGGUUUUUCUACCAGAUGAACAGUGUUUUUUUUCUUUGCAGCUUUUUAACAGUGAAAUCUCGUAAAAUGCUUCUGGGAUUUUAAGAACGAAGCUGGAGCAGAUUGAAGGAACAUAAACCAGACGAGCGCCCUGGAGGAAGGAUACCAUGUGUGUUACUGUUCAUUGUAACUGAUGUAAUGUAGAAAGAAACGUACCUUUCUUUGUAAGAUAUAUAUUCUCCAGUUUAAAAAGUUGCUGUGAGAAUUUCCCCGAGUAUGCAUCUGCUUCUGCAUAGUGUGUUUUAAACUAUGCAUUUAUUUUAUACCUUUUCAAACUAGAUGACUAGUUGAGAGAAAUCAUUUAAUCUGCACAAUAAAUCCGCUGAGUA